AUGCCAAUUUCGAAGAAAGAUAAAGAACGCUCUAGUCUCCAUGAAUUCGGUUUGGACGCAGUGUCCAGUGCUGUUGCCACAGCGAUAGCACGAUCAGUUGUUGCUCCAUUUGAUAGGGUUAAAAUUAUUUCUCAGGUUCAUUAUACAUCUAUUGUAAACGGUCAAAACAAUUUACAUUAUCAUCCAGGAAUCUUAACAACAUUAAAUCAAAUUUAUCGCGAACAAGGUUUACGGGCACUAUGGUUUGGAAAUUUUACCAACAUUUUGAGAUUUGUUCCUUCUCAGACUAAUAAUUACUAUGAUAUAAGACAGAUGUAUUAUGUUAUAACCAUUGGCGCGAAUCCCAGGGGUGCUAAGAGUGCUAGCACCCCUAAUUAA